AUGACAGGCUUCAAGUUUGUCAAGAAGAUUAAGAGUUUUCAAGUUUACAUACAAAAGAAAAACAGUUCUUUAUGCUUCAAAUCUUUAGAAACAUCGGAAGGAUUUUUUUACAUUCUGUUCUCUAAAGAUGAAACAUUAUCAAAGUGCACCCUAAACUCGUUUCAACUUGUUCAUACUGUUGAAGAAAUAAUAAUACAUGAAGUGAAGCAAUCUAAAAAUGUUGAAACUUUAAAUGAAAUUCAUACUUUCCAUUUUCAUCAACACAAGCAAGUGCCAUUGUGGACAUGCUACCUGAAAAGUUGUUGGAAAAUGUUUAUUGUUAGUGGCAUUUUCAAACUACUCGGUGAUGUUUGUGGACUGGUCGGACCAUUAUCUAUCUCAUACAUUGUUGAGUUCAUUAAUUUGCAGCUUUCAUCUCAAAGCCAACAAGAACUUCUAGAAAGUUCACAAAAUUCAACAACUAUCAACGAUGAUCUUGAUAAAAAUAAUGAUUCUGAUAAGAAAGCAAUCAAAGAAGCUUAUUUAAAGUUAUUUAAAAGCUAUCCUGACUGGUCAGACUUCAUUGGUAACGGAUGGAUAAUGUCGUGCAUUGUUUUAAUCGCGUUUCUACUACAAGGAACAUUUUCUCAAGCUUCUACAAAUAUAAUCAACAUGGAAGGAAUAAGAAUUAAAAAUGCAUUACAGGGAUUAAUUUAUCGCAAAACGCUUUCAUUAAGCUCCAGUUGUUUCUACGUGACGUCAAGAAGACAGAAUGGUGAGACCACAGAUGGCGACCCAAAUGACGAUGAUUACAAUUUAAAUAACCCUGGAACAAUCACAAAUCUUAUAUCAGAAGAUUCCAUCAACGUAAUGACAUUCUUCUGGAUCUGUCAUUAUAUAUGGUCAAUUCCUUUGAAGAUCAUCAUCGUUGUUUUCUGUUUGUACUUGAAGCUUGGUUUAAGUUCUCUAAUUGGAUCUGCUUUUACUAUUAUCAUGAUGUUGCCACUACAAUUCCUCGUGGGUCGUAAGAUGUCACAGAAUUCGGAAAAAGGAGCGAAAAGCUCCGAUGAACGUUUGAAGAAAAUUCGUGAAAUAUUUUUUCGCAUAAAGCUCAUUAAGCUCAAUGCUUGGGAGAGUAUUUUCACAGAUAAAAUUGCUGACUGUAGGAAAGAAGAAUUACAUUACUUAAAUAUUGAUGCUUUUUAUUGGACUUUGAUGACAUUCUUAACUCAAAUUUCAAGUAUUCUCAUAACACUUGUAACAUUUGCCAGCCACACUUUGAUGAAUGAUAACAGCGUUGAAUUUAGUGCCGGAAAUGUUUUUGCGUCACUCGCUUUAUUCAACCAAUUAACGGUUCCAUUGUUUAUUUUUCCAAUUACAAUCCCAAUCAUUAUCAGUUCUCUAAUUAGCACUCAACGAAUCAAAAAAUUUUUAUCACAAACAGAAAUGGAAAAAGAGUUUGACGGUGUGAGAAAUAUGGCAAGAAUUCUUUGUACGUCUCAAAGCUGCGAGUCUUUUGAUGAGGAAGGCAAAAUAUCGGGAAAAGGAAAACAACAAGAUGAUGAAAAUGACGAUGAUAAGCCAAGACAAAUUCCAAUAAAAUUAUUCACGCGCGAUAAGACGAAAUCAGAUGAAAAUUUAUUGAUGAAAAUUAAAAUUAAUGACCAUGACGUCAAUGUCGCUCAGCAUUCAAUCGACUUUAUAGCGGACGAGAUUGAAUGUAAAAGAGACGAGGCCGAUUGUUUAGAUAUUUUGAAAAACAGACAAGAGGAUGAUGAGAUUGUAAUUCUGCGAAAUAAGAAUUACAAUACCAAAUUGAAGAAGCAGAAUCAAUUAAGCCCAAGUAUUCGAGUGGAACGUAAUCGAUUAAAAUCAACAACAGUUGUUGACAAGCAUGCAACCGCCGAUGGCUUUAGAAUGAUGAAUCCUUACCCUCAAUUUAACGUUCCGGAAGAUGUUAUCGUCUGUAUCAAAGAUGCUCGAUUUAAAUGGGCAGAAAAAAAUGAUUCAAAUAUCUUCGAGAUAAAUCACCUUUCAAUACCAAAAGGACUUUUGACGGUAAUUGUGGGGAAGAGUGGAAGCGGAAAAUCUUCUAUUGUUGCUGCUUUGCUAAAAGAAAAUUAUAUAGAGUCGGGUAACAUUGAGUGGAAUAAAUAUGCAACAAUAGCUUAUGCAGGGCAACAGCCUUGGCUGGUGAAUGGAACCAUUCGUGAUAAUAUUCUCUUUGGUGAAUCAUACCGUCCAAAACGCUACGAAGAGGUAAUUGAAUCAUGUGCUUUGAAAUCUGACAUCGAGAUAAUGUCCAACGGGGAUUUAACACAAGUCGGUGAGAGGGGAAUGACUUUAUCUGGUGGACAAAAGAUGAGAAUAUGCAUUGCUCGAGCUUUUUAUUCUUCAGCAAAUGUGAUCAUUUUGGAUGAUGUAUUAUCAUCGCUCGAUAAUCAAGUCGUUUCAUGGAUAAUAGAGAAAUGCCUAAAGCUGAAUCUGGCCAAAUACAAACGGACAAUUAUACUCGUGACUCAGAAAACUCAACUAGUGUAUAAUGCCGAUUAUCUGAUUGCAAUGGAAAAAUUGAAAAUUCGAGUAAGCGGGGACAUGAAUCAAGUCAAAGAAAGGGAUCCGGCAAUAAUUCGUGAAUGGGAUUUGGCGAUUGCCAAGGAGAAUGCCAAAGAAAGUCAAUUAAGUCCAAUAGGACGAAGUGCAAGAGAACGAUGGAAACUAUUCAAAAACAUUUCACGAAUUGGUUUAUUGCAACAACGACCCUCACCAGAGAGAGAUAAUUUGUCUUCGAAUAAUUCGAUUUACAACACGCCAUUCAAAAGGACAUCAAGUAUCUCGUUUGGAUCUCGUUUAUGGUCGGAUUUACCAUUACCCAUUGAUGAGUGUAAUGAUAACGAUUUUGACUUUAACCAAAUGCCAGAAGUACGUAAAAAGCCUAACAGUUUUCGAGUUGUUUCACUUCAACCAAGAGCAGUGUCAGCAAAAACUAAGGAACCGUUAACACGGAACAUUUCAUCUCCAGUUCAAUUUAAUCCAAAUGCAGUUACUGCAUCAGACUAUUUAAAGUCAAGAGAUAUUGAUUGUGCUUCAGAAUUAUCUCUUAAUAAGAGCAUCGACAGAAAAAUAAGUUUCAGAAAAUUUCUUCGUCGAAUGUCGUCAAGGCGCAGAAAAUCUCAAACAGAUAAUUCGAUAAUUGAUCAUGAGAAAAGGAAAUCAGACAAAACACUCUCAAUAAGUAGCAUAACCGAAACUGAAGAAACCAUAAAUAACUCCGUCGACGUUGACGAUGACACCAUCACCAAACGUGAUGAACAUGAACGAAGUUGCAGUAUGGGAAUUGAAGAAGAAAUGGAAGACGAUGAAAGCGUUAACCUUGAGGAUGAAUCUGCACUCAAUCGAUUAAAGUAUGACGAAGAGCGAAGAUAUGGCAAAAUUCCAGCGAGGGUUUAUUUAUUAUAUUUAAAAGCGUGUGGGUUUCCAAUUCUUCUCGUAUUUUUUACGAGUACAUUUAUGUGGCAAGCUCUAAAAGUUUACACAGACGUCUGGCUUCGAGACUGGACAGACAUAGACGAUACAGCAAAUAAAGCAAAAUUAUAUUCAAAACAGUUUAAAAAAAUACCGAAUAAAUCUUUGUUCAGUAAAUCUAAAACUAGAACGAAUAAUAAAAUAAAAACAUAA